AUGGGUUAUGAUGAAGAUGUUAUGUUUAUUAGAGUUAUAAAAUCAAAUGGAACAAUUUCAAAUUUUAAAGUACCAGAAGUUUGUGUUGAUAUUAAAGAAAAGUAUGAAAUUUCUGAAAAUGAUGAAUAUCAAUGUGAAGUUUUAAUGCCAUCAAACCUAUUAUCUGAUAUAUGUAAUGAAUUAAAAUCAUAUAAGGAUUUAAAUUUGAAAAUUCAAGUUAAUAAAAAUAAUUUAUUAUUUAAAAUUGAUGACUCAAUAAUUAAUGCUGAUAUAGUUUUAGAAAAUAAGAAAACUAAAGAGUUUUAUUUAAUUUGUAAAAAGAAUUUUUCAAUUGAAUUUAAAAAUAAGUAUUUUUUAAAAAUUAACAAUAUUGUAAAGAAAAUCAAUAUUAAAGAAUGUUUUUUACAAAUGAAUGAAAAAUAUCCCUUAAUUAUAAUUUUUUCAAUUUGUUCAGUUAGUUCUUUUCAAUUUUAUUUAGCACCAAUAUUAGAAUGA